CAGUAUAAGAAGAUCCGUGCUCCAUGAGCCUCUGAACACACAAGUGAGUCCAGAAGAAGCCAUGCAAGUCUCCAUAGCCUGCACUGAGCACAACUUGAAGGGUCGGAAUGGAGAUGACAGGCACAGCAAACAGAACUCUAGUGGCCCCAAUGUGGUCAAUGCAGCCCGGGCCAGGUUCCGUACUGUGGCCAUCAUUGCACGGAGUCUGGGGACAUUCACUCCUCAGCAUCACAUCUCUCUAAAGGAAUCCACAGCUAAGCAAACUGGCAUGAAAUAUAGGAAUCUUGGGAAAUCUGGACUCCGAGUAUCUUGCCUAGGACUUGGAACUUGGGUUACAUUUGGAGGCCAAAUUUCUGAUGAGGUGGCAGAGCAACUAAUGACAAUUGCAUAUGAGCAUGGAGUAAAUCUCUUUGAUACAGCAGAGGUUUAUGCAGCUGGAAAGGCAGAAGUGAUCUUGGGAAAUAUCAUCAGGAAGAAAUGCUGGAGGAGAUCCAGUCUGGUCAUCACGACCAAAUUAUACUGGGGAGGAAAAGCGGAAACAGAAAGAGGUCUAUCUAGGAAGCAUAUCAUUGAAGGAUUAAAGGGCUCUCUGCAGAGGUUGCAGCUGGAGUAUGUGGAUGUGGUGUUUGCCAACCGGCCAGAUAAUAAUACCCCAAUGGAAGAAAUUGUCAGGGCAAUGUCCUAUGUAAUUAAUCAAGGGAUGGCGAUGUACUGGGGAACAUCACGCUGGAGUGCAAUGGAAAUUAUGGAAGCAUAUUCAGUAGCCAGACAGUUUAACCUAAUACCUCCAGUUUGUGAACAAGCAGAAUAUCAUCUCUUUCAAAGAGAGAAGGUGGAAGUCCAACUGCCUGAGUUGUAUCACAAAAUAGGUGUUGGUGCAAUGACAUGGUCCCCCCUUGCCUGUGGCAUUAUCUCUGGAAAAUAUGAGAAUGGGGUUCCUGAAAGUACACGGGCAUCACUAAAGUGCUACCAGUGGUUGAAGGACAAAAUACUGAGUGAGGAGGGUCGGAAACAACAGUCCAAGCUUAAAGAUUUGGUACCAAUAGCAGAGCGUCUUGGGUGCACUUUGCCACAGCUUGCAGUAGCUUGGUGCCUGAGGAAUGAAGGAGUAAGUUCUGUCCUAUUAGGGUCUUCCAAUCCCGAACAACUUGUAGAAAAUCUUGGAGCUAUUCAGGUUCUUCCAAAGAUGACAUCACAUAUUGUGAAUGAAGUUGACAACAUUUUGGGAAACAAGCCAUACAGCAAAAAGGACUACAGAUCAUAACCCACUGCAUGAAGAGCGGACUGCAUGGUUAUAAUAGUGCCCUGUAUAUAGUACUGGAAGCCCAUGUUUAAUGGAUUCCCUUGCUGAAGUACUUGUCGUGACUGGAG